CGAACCGAAUUAAAACCGCUUAAAAAUAAACCGAAACCGAAUCGAACCGAUAACUAUUUAAACCAAAUCAAAACCGACCCGUGAGACAAUUAAACCGAUUCCAAACCGACCCGAUUAAAUACCGAAUCGAUUUCAAACCGAACCGAAACCGAACUGUCAAACCGUUUUGACACUGCUACAUAUUUUGUUAUUAUGCUAUAUUAACUGGGCAACGCUCUUUUUGUUCUAAUCAAAUAAGUUUUCUCCCGCGCUCAACUCUGUCCCCAUUGAUGCCCCGAUACAAUUCAUUCAGUCGCAUACAAAUAAAUUACACACCGAAUCUUCCAAGCUCACCGGACCUCUUAAUCUCUUGAAUCUUCUCAUACUCUGUCCUGUCCAAUUCACCACAAUCGCUGCAUCCCUCCUUUACGGCGAAGAUCAAAAGAAGUUGUCUUCUUCGGCGCUUUACACAAGUCGGCUACCAGUUUUUGCAAAUCGGACAUGGACCUCAUGUCUCUUCCUCCCAUUCCCAUUGAAUUGCAACACUUUGGAUACACUUACUUUAGUCUUUUGCAAGAAGCAGUCUUUCCUGUGCUAUUUGGCUCAACUAAGGAUGCAUUAAUAUUUGCUAUGAAGAACAAUGGAAAGACUAGUGCUUCUGAGUUUGCUAUAUUGAGAGAUUACAAAAAAUCAGAUUUCCUUGCUGUGUAUAUCACCCCUUUGGAGGAGGCUGCAAAUUAUUUGUUUGACUGCUGGGGAGAAAAAUUUGGUAAAGGGCUAGGACUAAAUGUGGUGAAGUCAAGUGGGAAAGAAACUGAUCGAGACUAGCAAAAGUUGCAAUUUCGCACUAUAAUCAUUACUACAGUGGUGGCAUGUAAGGCAUUGUGGCAAAGUGAUAUUGUCAGUCUUUUUAUCCUGGAUGAGCUCCACCUCAUAGAGGAUCAUCCUCUUUUAGAGAUGAUCACGUCUCGGAUUUCUUAUUUGAAGAAGAGGAAACAAAUAAAGGCUAGGAUUAUUGCUUUAUUUAGCAUUGUUACAAAUGCUGAUAAGGUCAAACAAUGGCUUGGAAUUGAGUGUUGUUUCGAGUUUCCAUCCAAUUUGAUGCGUGUGCCUCUAGACAUUAAAGUUGAGGUGGUAGACGUUCCUGGUGUUGAGGUAGUAGACAGUGCUGGUGAUGAUGAAUAUUAUGCUUUAGUUGCUCUUACCAAAGCAUGUUACCAAGCUAUACUUCAGUAUAAUAAACAGGGUAGUGUAGCUUUGGUUUAUGUCCCUCCAAAGAGUUCCUCAGCUGUAGCCCUCCAUAUUAUUGCACGAUCUUCACCAAAAGAGAAUAAACAAUUUCGAAAUUGUACUUUAACAGAGUUGAAGGUUGCCACUGACGCAAUUAAAGAUUUUACUUCGAGAAUUUGUUUAAGAUAUGGCGUGGGUUUCUUGCAUGAAGGAUUGACCAAACUAGAUAAAGAAUUGGUUAUGAUGUUAUUUGGUUAUGGAUGGAUUCAAGUGUGCGUGGUUCCCACCUCAAUGUGCUUUGAGCCUUUGAUGGCCCAUGUGGUUAUAAUUGUAGAACCACAGGGGGUAUACACAGUGGAUUACUGUAAAUCAACCCAAAUUAUACAAAUGAUGGGAUGUGCUGGUAGGCCUUUGAAAGACGAUUGUGGGCAUUGUGUAAAAAUCUGCAGUAGACAAAGAAAGAACCACAAUUUGCAGUUUGAUAGAGUAAUAACUCUACAGAGUUCUUUGCAUAAUUUUACUGAUGUGGUUGAUUAUAUGAAUACUGAUGUUGUUAGGGGGAUCAUUAGAAGAAUAGAAGACUUGCCGUCGUAUGUGGGGAGGACUUUUCUCUAUACAAAUCUCGAUCCAUCUGAUCCUGAAUCAAAGCCGUUAUUGGAUCAAUUCCUAACCAUUGUCCAGCAGUCUCUGUACAGGCUUGAAGAACUUGAAUGCAUGUCUAUCGACGAUUCUUCUUCUAUCUGUCCUUCGAGUCUUGGUAUUAUUGCAUCACAUUAUAGGGUGAAGUGCAGUACUGUGGCACUCUACAACUCUUGCUUAAGUGCUACUGCUAAUAUGGAUGAUUUGCUACAGAUUCUUACAAAGGCCUAUGAGUUUUCUGACUUAAUAGUAUGGCAUAAAGAGAAGAAGUUGAUUAGGAGGUUAAUAAAGGAUAUGCGUUUGCCAUUGUAUAAGUUUAAGUACAAUGAUCCACAUGUGAAGGCUUACGUCCUCCUUCAAGCAGAUUUGUUAGGUCACUCAAUUCACAAAGAUAUGGAAGUGGAUCAGCAUCUAGUGCUUCUCAUUGGUAGGAAACUGAUUCAAGCUAUGAUUACUCUCAUUAUUGGGGUUAAAAACUGGCCAAAUCUUGCUCUAAUUGCUUCAGAAUUAAGCAAGAUGAUAUAGAUAGGAUUCUCAACCACUUACCACUUUGAUUAACUUUUUGUUAGACUCUUUGUAUUUUAGAAGUCAUUAGAAGUUUGUUAGGACAAAGUUGUUUUGGUGCCAAUGUAAAUGUUCUACAAUCAUGAAUAAAAAUACACAAACU